GUCUUUCAUGCUGGCUGGGCCACCUUGCCAACAGCUGCCACAACAUUGGCGUCACUGUUGAAUCAAAUGGCUACACAGAUAUAAACGUGUAUCCAAAAGCCCUUCCUCCUCCGUGCGUCUGGUGCACAAGCUGCAGGUUCUUUACAACAUAAAGGCAAUCUUGAAAAUGUCUGACAAGGAGUCAGUAUCAAGUGGAAGCAGUACCUCAAGCCAGAACAGCAGGUCGAGCAAUAGCAGGGCAAGUUCUGAAGACACAACAGCAGAGAAGCAAAGAAAAGUAUUACCUGAGAUCAGCAGAGAACUCUCAGGAAACGAGGAAAGAAAAAAGCACCCCACAAAAUCUAACCCCACCCCUGAUAACAGCAUCAAAGCAGACCCAAAUCAGGGCAACAAAACCCAGUCUCAAAACUCAAAGGAGCCCAGCUCUACUCAGCUAGGAAAUAAGAAAGAAGAGACUGCUGAGAAGAAAAAGCCAUUAACCCCUUCCGGGGAAAAAGAACACUCUCAUGGAAAUAUUGUGAAGGAAACGAUUAGUGACAAGCCAGAGAAAGACAGCAUUAUCGAUGAGGAAGGGAGCGAGCCAAAGAGACAGCCUCCAAAGCAGGCCAAGAGAGCCCCUUCCCAGGUGAAAUAUAAAACAAGGAACCAGUUGCUAGAGGAGGAACUGAGCAGAAUCAAAGCUCGUAUGAACAUGACCUGUAGUGCAAACUUACUAAAACGACCUCAAAGGAAAUUGUAUCAUCCAUUUGUGUGGAACAGUUUACAUCCAUAUUCAGACACGCACGCUAUAGAUUAUCUUCUACAUCUGCCUGAUUCUGGUCACUACAGUUGCAGAGCCAGACUGACCUCUUCUAGAAUUGUUGAUUCUGAGACAUCCUGCAGAUCAGACAAGAGAUGAAACAUUGCAGACAACAGAUGUUUAAUAUAUUCCUUAAGUACAAAGUACAUGAUUUACAUAAGAGGAAAUUCUGAAACUGUAUUGGGUAAACAUUUUAAAUAUAGCAACUAGUGUCUCAUUUACAUUAAAACCUGCAGCGGCUACUUUGAGUCCAUAUAUACACAUUAACUCAGUCCUUAUUUUACACUUUUGUAAGCUUUCUGCUAAAAUCAUGCAGUAAUAAAAGUCAAUUGAUAAAGGCAAAAUAUUUUAACUACGGUAAACAUUUCUAGUGUUUUGGGGUGUCCAGUUACAACAUUCUGAUCUGUGUGUAACUGAAAUUUACAUUCAUUAAAAGUUUUAACCUGCGAGUUAUUUAAAGUCUGCUUUUUUAUGAAUGGUAUUUAUGGAAUGGUUCUAGACAGCUGUAAGCUUCUAUAAAUAACUCAUGAGUUCAGACUUGAGUAGGGCCCAAAGUCCCAGCGUAAUAAGAAACACAUAUGUAUGAGACUCUCAGUAACCUUUAAAGUGUAGUUUCUCAAACUUUAUGCAUUAGGUUACACACAAGUCAAAUACAACUUUUCUUUUGAAUUGUUUAUUACCAAAAUACAAACAGCAAAGUCAUAACAGAAGACUAACUCCUAUGAAGCAAAAUAAAUUAUUCUAACUUUACACAGCACUCCCCCCCUCCCCCAAGGUAGUUACAAGAUGUACUAUAUUACACACCUUGCUUUGUUAACAACGAAAAGCCAUGUCAGUUCAGAUAAGAACUUAGGUUAUACAACUCCUUUUUGGCACUAAGGCAUGCAGCUUAAUGUGCUGAAUUAACUUAUAAAUACAAACCUAUUUCCAACUACGUACAGUGUAAGAAUAACCAACAGUAUUUCAGACAGUUGUGGAAGUGCUAUACUUUGGCUAAAAUGCAUUCUUAGUUUUUUUUUUUUUUUUUUUUUUUUUUUUUUUAAUAUAAUAAGAUAUUUGAACACUUAAAAAAAGCAUCAUUUGCAAUUUAUAAUGAGCAUUUCUAUAUAAAUUCACACUGUGUUCUCAAGAGGACUAGAUGCUAAAUGAAUAUGUUGGAGACUUUUGUAAGACAGAGCUUAAUGAUUGUAAUAUGUCUGUGUUAUAGCACAAGCUACUUUUAAGAUUCAACCAAAAAUCUAAUUCAGUGUGCUUAAUUAAUGCAAAAUAUUUAGGAAGACUUCUGGACUACAGCAGGAUUACCAGGUUCAAAACCCAGCUACUUUUACUUUUCUGCAAAACAUUUUGCAUUUACAUUUUUUUUUUUUUUUUUUUUUUUUUUUUUUUUUUUUUACAGAAUGAUGAUUGCAUGCAUUAGCCAAAGAAAGGUGUUUUUAAAAAGUGUGCAUUAUUGGAAAGUAGACAAAUAUGUAAGCUUGGAAGGAUCGAAAUAGACUGAAAUAAAAAGGGGAUUAAACAGUUUAGAAAUCACACCCACCUCCACAUUGGGUUUAAUCAACAGGUCGCUAAAAUAAAAUACAUUAAUUACAAUAAUAUUAAGGCCGGUAUGCAUUUACAUGGGUUAUUGGAAGAAGAAUGCUAAAAUAUCUAUUUAUCCACAUCCUUGAUUUUACGUGAUGGAAGAUUCAGUCUUUUAAAACUUGGUGGCUGUUUCAGCACCCUAACUAAAUGAAUGGCAUUCAAAACUUAACUAAUUUUGUAUCAUACACUACACACAAGAAUAAGGCAGUACCAACUAGAACAUUUCAGAUGGUCAAGCAAGAAUGCUGUUUAAAGACUUAUGCACAACAAGCAUUGUGUAUAUAAAUCCCACAGCAUGACACAAAGUAACAGACGACCUAACUGAUUCAGAAAUGUAGAUUUUACAACCAAUUCAGCCCCCCCCCCUUUAAAGUAAUCAAUAACAAAGUGUCAGUAUUGCCAAGGCAAAUGUGAGUUGAGCACCAAUAAUAUCUUAAUUUUGUCAGUUUUAUUUGGAUUAAAUGGUUUUUUUUUUUCAAAUCAAAGGUAGACAAGAGGUUCUUUGAGGCACCAAAAACAAAACAGUACCUUUAAUAGUGUUUCCUACUGUGGAGAUGUACGCUAAUUCUGAAGAUGAGUGAUUAUACAUACAGUGCCUAUAGAAAGCCUACACCCCCUUUCAAAAUGUUCACCUUUUGUUGCCUUCUAG